AUUCCGUUUUCGUGUUUGGGUUUAUAUGUAUGUGGUGAUAAAAGUAUGGUUAGGUAAGAUAAGAUUGAAAAUUAAAGAGUUCUACUUGUAACUAUUUAGUUUCAACUUUGUUUCAUGAUUGCACAUGCACUACCAAUUAUUUUUACAAAUUGUUAUGCACAAAACACCAAAAAUGGUUCACCACCGCACAUCAGGAAUCAUCAAAAUGAUGAUUCAAAGUGAUGGAAGAUGAUGAUGAUUUCUUCGAUACAGUGUCUGUCAAUUCCACGACAGGAAAACGAAGAUUCAAUAGUAAAGAAUACCUCGGAUUAUCUAGAAAUACAGUGUAUCGUUCCAUUAUGGACUUUGAUGACGCCAAUGAAUUGGAAAUGGGAGAUUUGGAUCAGAAAAAGGUGCCAAAUAAAAGUAGAGUUGUUAACACGUAUGAACAGUGGAAAAAUAGGAGAUGGCGUUAUUUCUCAAGCUGUGACUUGAGCGUUGACUACGUUUUAGCCUACGAAGAUCAAGGCGAUACGAGAGAUGUUGAAAAAAGAACCAACUACGAACAUAAUUUGGAAUCCAACGGGUUGAUAUUAGAAAGGGAAGAAAAUCAAAGAAUACAUUUUGUUAAAAUUCACGUUCCUAAGGAUGUUAUCAUGAGAUACGCAGAGAUACUUAAAUUGCGGUUACCAAUAAAAGACGAUGAAGAAUCUCCUCAAAUAAAAGAAAAUAUAGUUACGCAAACUGUGGUAAAAAUUUUAAAUAAAUGUAAAGUAUCAUUAGACCCGGAUAAGUUUCCUCCUAAAAAGUAUCAACUGACUGCAGAGUUUAAUAAAGACAAAGAUUAUUUAUUUGAUGUAGAUGACCCAGAGUUCUUCAACAGUUCGGUGAAGAUAACAGUGAUUUCCUACAUUUUAGAAAGAGAGCGAUUUGGCAACGAAGAUCAGGAUAAGGGUAUCAAAAGACUGAUAGCUGAAAAUGUUUAUAAAGCUGCUUAUCCAUUACAUGAUGGUGAUCUACACGACAAAACUUCCACUAGGAAACUCCUCUUAGACGAAUGGGCGUCAGUCUCAAAAUGUAUAAAGUUCCAACCAUUAGAUGAAAUCAAAGAUUACUUUGGUGUGAAAUGCGCCAUAUAUUUCGCUUGGCUCGGAUUUUACACACACAUGUUGAUACCUGCUUCUAUAGUAGGCAUUUUGUGCCUUAUGUAUGGUGCUAUUACUUUACAUUCAGAUAUCCUUAGCAGAGAUAUUUGUAACGCCAAAAACAUCACCAUGUGUCCAAGAUGUGAUAAAUAUUGUGAUUAUUGGUAUAUACAAGAAAGCUGUAAUUAUUCAAAAAUUCAACAUAUUAUUGAUAAUAACGCAACUAUAUUUUUUGCUGUAUUCAUGUCAUUUUGGGGUACUUUCUACCUUGAAAUGUGGAAAAGGUAUAGUGCUGAAAUAGCCCACAGAUGGGGUUUGACAGGUUUCGAUUUACAGGCAGAACCCCCAAGACCUGAAUAUCUAUUAAAAUUAGCUAACGCAAAGAAGAAGAAACUCAACGUUAUAACUCAAUUACAAGAACCAGUGGUUCCUUUCUGGAGAGUCAAGUUGCCAUCACUUAUUAUAAGCUUUUCGGUUGCUUUUUGCUGGACUUUGAUAGCUCUAGCGGUUGUCGUUGCUGUUGUGGUAUACAGAAUGUCUUCUCUAACUUCUGGUUAUUUACAUAGUGGCAGUAGUUAUAAGAUCUAUGCGAUUCCAGUAACGGCGGGAUUGAUUAACUUGACUUGUAUACACAUUCUGAAUUUUUUGUAUGGACGAUUGGCCGAAACAUUAACAGAAUUGGAAUUACAGAGAACCCAGAAUGAAUUCGAUGAAAGUUUAGCUAUUAAAAUAUAUAUGUUUCAGUUUGUGAAUUUCUAUUCUUCCAUUUUCUACAUCGCUUUUAUAAAAGGAAAAUACGUUGGAUAUCCAGCAAAAUAUAAUAGAAUAUUGGGAUAUCGUCAGGAAGAGUGCAAUCCCGGAGGAUGUCUGAUGGAAUUAACAAUUCAACUAGCUAUCAUCAUGAUCGGUAAUCAAGCGAUUAAUGCAGUCAUGGAAAUGUCGGUUCCUGUUGCAAUGAAGAUGUAUAAAACAUUUAUUGUUACAACUGGUAUUGACAAAGCCGAUAAAGAAGAAACAGCGUUAAUUAGUUGUAAUCAAUGGACGGAAGAUUAUAAACUAUCGGAAAUUGAGAGUAAAAGUUUAUAUUCGGAAUAUUUAGAAAUGGUGCUACAAUAUGGUUUCGUGACGAUCUUUGUCACAGCAUUUCCCCUUGCUCCACUGUUCGCACUCAUAAAUAACAUAUUGGAAAUGCGAUUAGAUGCUAAGAAGUUUUUGAAAUAUUACAGAAGACCUGUACCUCAAAGAGUCAAAAAUAUUGGAGUAUGGUAUUCCAUUUUGGCAUUCGUUGGUAGAUUAGCAGUGGUUUCUAAUGCGUUCAUAAUUGCUUUCUCAUCUCAUUUUAUUCCUAAACUCGUUUAUAAGUUGAAGUAUUCUCAUAAUUUUACGGAAGAAGGAUACAUGGAACAUAGCUUAGCUUUCUUUAAUACUUCACAUUUUGCUCCUAAUACAGCUCCGAUUCAUUCCCAGAUAAAUGCUACAGUUUGUAGAUACCCCGAAUACCGAAAUCAUUAUUCUAUGGAUGAUCACACUAGAUAUAAACGCCCGCUUAUUUAUUGGCAUAUACUUGCAGCACGAUUAGCAUUUGUAGUGGUUUACCAAAAUUUAGUAAGUUUUGUGAUGACUGCAGUGGAAUGGAUGAUACCAGAUGUCAGCAGGAAACUAAAUGACAGAAUAAAACGUGAAGCUUAUAGAACUAAUGAAAUUAUUAUUCAUAAUGAAACCAGGAGAGCACGAGAACGAAAAGCUUCGUCUUUGAGAAAAAAACGAGAGUCAAUGAUGUCAACAUCAACAAUUUACUUCGACGCAAUUAACGGAGAUGUUGGUUCGGAAGGUGAUCAAGCAAGAAGUACAAAAUAUUAUGACAUUUAAUUUACAUAUUGUGAUUUUCGUAUAAAAAGUGUCCUUGCAACUUGCCUUAUUUCAAUGGAUACCUAGUCAAAUGUUAUAAUAAAUUAUAAAUUGGUUCAUAGGAUUUUGUAAGUCCUAUUUAGCAAAAUAUAAUUCAUAUAUUAUAGUAAAUGUUAGUUAUGUUCGAUUAAAAUGUACUACUUAUCUUUAUGACGUUAUAGAAUUUAUUCUAAUAGCGAACUAAAAAUGUUUGCAGCAAUAACUUCAUUUAAAAGCCAAUAUUCCCGAAAAUGUGUUCAUAUUAUUUAUAAUUUAUAAAUUGUAUAUUUUUACAUCAAUUGUGAGGAAAUAGAAAGUGUACUAAACAAGUCGUCACAUACAGGGUUAGUGAACUGAUACAUUCAUAUAAACUAUCAGAGUUUGUACAUUGUCGAGUAUUCGGACAAAUAAAGCAUUUUUUAAUUCUGUUAUUUUACAUAAUAUAAUAUCAACUUAAACAAACGUAAAAUUUUUCCAUUUGUUGAUUGUACACAUAAAUUCUUCAUACAUUUGAAAAAAAUUUCUUCAUUUUUUAUUUUUGGCUUUUGCUUUUUUUGACACUGCACAAUAUUUUUGUGUGCUCACACUCACGCUUCAUAUUCUACUACUUUAUAAUGAUAAUGAUUCAUAGUUGAACAACUUUGUUGUUUUUUUAAAGCAGGCAUUAUUUUGCAUAUAAAGAGCAACAUAUAGUGUUUUCUAAAAGGUGUAUACUUGUAAAAAAUCUGUUCAAAUAAGUUUGGGUUUGCGAUUUUUCUUGAAAAUUACUUUCUUUAUCAUCAAUUUUACUGAUAGUAGAAUAUUACAUUCUAUUAAAUUUUGAACUAAUUAUAUUUUGACGCAUUUACUCAAAUUUCCUCUUUCUAUACACCCUUAUAACCUGUGGCGUUUUACAUUAUUAAUCCUAUAAUGAUGGUGUUUUAAUAAUUGUUCUGUACACUUUUUAUUUUAAUUGUGUAGAUGUUUCAAAUCAUCACAUUUUAAUUUAAAAUAUUUGUUAAUAUAGCUGUUGAUGUUUUAUGAAAGUUUAUCGCAAAUGCUUGAGAUUUAUAAUAAUUUUAAUUGUUAUCGAAUAAAAUGAUCGAAUACUGAAUAUCUACUUCUCACAACAGAAUAGACCAGUUCGACAAUUUUUGAAACUAAAAAAAUAAUAGUAGGAUGAAAUCCAUUUGGAAAAGGAGGAGACUAUAAUAACAAUAAAAGGAAAUAUAAUUUACGGCAGAUCGGAAGAGGAACAGGGCGAGUUUUUAAGGGUAAAAAAUGGUUUAUCUUUAUUUCCAGAAAAACUACACGUCCUAUAAAAAAAGCCAAAUGACAAAGUUGUAGAUAAUGAAAAAAUCUACAACUUUUGCAUUCAAACAUUUUUCGCAUAAUCUCAAAAUUCAUGAAAUGUAAUAUUAAAACAUUUUGGUUUUCUAUUUUCAUCUUUUUAUCUAAAUAAGCAGAUUUUCUGAUAGGAGAAUUUUCGAUUGAAAAUUAGUAGGGUCUUUCGAUAUUAACUCAAAAUAAGGUGGAAAAAAUUUCAAAUCAAAUAAAUUAAAUUGUCUUUGGAUCACAAAAAGGUAAUUUUUCACCAAAUUUCGUAGAAAAAAUUUUUUUUGUAUAAGAUAAAAAAACCAAAAUUUUGUUGUUUUUCAAAUUCUUUACAAGAAUUUUGAAGUUAUUUGAAAAAAGGGUACAUACAAAAGUUGUAAAUAUUUUUAUUACCUUCAAUUUUGCUAUCCAACUUUUUUUCAUAGGACUCAAGAUAAACCGUUUUUAACUCUUAAAAACUCACCCCCUUCCCUUUCCCGACCUCCGUUCUCCUGUAAAUUAUUUUUCCUUUUAUUUUUAUUAUAUUCUCCUUUCCCUACUAUUAUUUUUUUUCACUUUUCAUAAUUUUGAAAGGCUUCUACCCUGGUCAAGAAACCAAUUUGAUUACUAAUUACUCCUUUCUACCAAGAUAUUUAUAAUGUGUUUUUCCUAUUUACAUUAACAUGAAUUGGACCUGCUAAGGAGUUUUAAGUAGAUUUGGCGGGAAUAAGUAUAACAGCGAGAUGUAAAAAAUUUGUGGAGGACGGAGGAUAUUAAGAACGUAUAGGAAUCAGACAUUAGCAGUUUGAAAACGUUGCCAAAUUUCUUGUUUUGAUAGAAUUUAUUCGCCAAUUUAUUCAAUAGGCUGACGGAAAUCACAGUUGAUAUUUAGCAUAAAUAGUAAAAUAUAUUUUAUCUUCACUUACUACAAUUGAUAAAUGAACGUGGCGACUCAAAGUGAGUAAAGUAUUUUAAAGCCAAACUCAAAAGCAUUUAGUUAAUUACCCCUUGUUAUUUUCUACAUUAUUUAUUUAGUUGAACUAAAAAAAUAUAAUUUAUACAAAAUAUGUUUGAACAUAUUUUAUACGAUAACAAUGAAGAUAAUAAGAUUGAAAUAUUUUAUCAAGAAAAAUUUCUGAACGCACAAAUUAUGUAUAUUUUUACUACAAAUAACUUUUUGAUAAUAAUUAGAAGGUCACCUUUUCAUUUAGAUGUGAAAUAAUUGUGAAUUUCUAAAAUGAGAUUAACCAGAAAAAUGGAAGUAAAUAGUAAUUACCUUGUGUACUUAAUGAGUAUAUUGUAAUAGUCAUCAUUCAAAAUGUAAGGAUAAGUAAUAAUUUUCGAUUGAUUAUACAAUAAAUUAAUUAAAUAGAAAACAUUGUUAAACAUUGCAUCAUCAUUGUAUCCUUUUGAUACAAACAGUUAUCAUUUUAACUAAUAAUUUUUUAUACUACGAUCAAACUCUUUUUUAACAUAAAAUAUUUUUCUAUUUUAUUCAGUUUUGACUUUUUCGACUCCCUUACAAGAAAUGUUCAUAAAGUUCAUUAUCAAUUUUACUGACAGUAGAAUAUUACAUCGUAAUAAAUUUCAAUCCAAUCAUAUUUUGACACAUUUAAUCAAAUUCUCCUUUUUCACACGCCCUUAUAACUUAUUGCGUUUUGCCUCCUUAAUAAUCUCUAAAUUGAAUCAUAAAAUCAUGGUGUUAUACAAAUUGUGCUGUACAUUUUUUAUUUUAAUUGUCAAAAUAUUUUAAAUCAUCACAAGAAAUGUUUAAAAAAAAUGUUUAUAAAGGAUUACCUGUCGAAAAAUUCACUUUUCUGGCUUUUACAUAUUCUUUAACACAGUCCAAGCUAAUUAAUAAUAAAAUAGUUUAAUAAAACUACAUUUAUUAAAUUUCAUUUAAUUUUAUAAAUCAGGCCUUUACAUAUAUCAAUUCCUUUGUCAACCAUUGUUGCAUUACUCAGUUUCUCGAACCACUUGUGGGCGUUUUAUCUUUCUGCGUGUUGUGAUAAGGACCGGUAUCUAUUACAAUCGCUCUAAUUGUGGUUACCCAAAGAUAUUUUUUAUAAUUUACAAAGUUCAGGUCAUGAUAAUCUCCUGUUCUACUUUGAGAUGUGCAUAGGAAAUAAAAUUAAUUGACAAAUCUGCCUAUAUAUCUUAUUCUAUUUUCUUGAAAUAAUUUGAUCUCCCAUUAAAAGUUUUUUAUUUUUGACUAAUGUACCAAUAAAAUUCCAACACUGAAUUUAUUUUCUCUUUCGUGGUACUGUAUUGGUAUUGUUCUGUACAUUGACGGUGAAUUCAAUUGAUAUUGUUGAUAGUAACAUGAACAUUGACAAUUUUUCGACACCUUGAUCGAUUUCUAAUUCCCCCGAUUAUAAGUCAGCUUCAGUUGCACGUCUUGUCUAUUUUUUACUACUUGAUGAGCAGACUACUGAUACAAAAACAUACAAAUACACUCAUAUAAAAAAUAAUUUCCAACUAUAAAAAUUAACAAUGUAUUAACAACACAUGUUUUAUCAAAAAUUUACGGGAUAUAAAUGUAAGGUAAUGAUAAAAUUUUUGGGGGUAUAAUAAGAAUUUAUAAAAUUUAAUAAUUGAAACUUAUAAGUGGUGCUUUGGUAAAUGAUAUUAACUAGAUGUGAUAUAUUUAUCUAUUUUUGCAGUAACUCGUUCUUGUACUUUUUUGGCUCAGUCAUCAAUGUUUUACGUCUACUACGCUACACAAUAAACAAUUUAGAAUGUUUAUGUUCCUCACUCUAACUCCCUUUUUUCCCUUGACAACAAUUGUCUGUAUCUUUUGAUGGAGAUACAAAAUAAUUGAGCUCUGUCUUCACUAUUCCUACACCGAUCUCGCAGUUGUAUUUAUUCUAAUAUAUAAUUUAACAUUCAUUUAUUUAAAUUUUGAAUAACAUAUUACUUAUGGAUCUGAUGUAUAUUAAAAUGUAAUAUUAUAUAAGAAGAUACGAAUUAUGUAUGUUAUUUAAUACUUAUUUAUAUAUAGAAUAUGACAGAUAAAUAAUUUUUUCUGUGAUAUUCUGUACAGUGUUUUACUAUACCAACAUUCAUUACUAUUAUUUAUUGUUUUAAAAAAAGGGAACAACAUUAUUAUAUUCAUAAGAAGUUAGUUUCAGAAAAAAAAUUCACUGUUCACAUACUAUUAAUUGAAUAUAGUCUACUUAAUCAUUUAUUAAUAGUUUUUAUACAGUUUUGAAAUUUUAAUAAAUGUUUUGUUU